ACGUCCAAGCGCUUCCUGAGUUCGGGGGUCGACCGAAGAUGGCGGCCUCCAGAGGGGGCUGGUGCCUGUGCGACUUGUUGAGGUUGUUUUAUUCAUUAUUCUUCCCUGGGCUAAUUGUAUGUGGAGCUUUAUGUGUAUGUUUGGUCAUUGCCCUUUGGGGACUCAGACUACUGCUACAGAGAAAGAAAAAGUCAGUGUCAGCCAGCAAAAAUGGGAAAAAUCAAAUGGUGAUUGCAUUUUUUCAUCCAUACUGCAAUGCUGGUGGAGGAGGGGAAAGAGUUUUAUGGUGUGCCUUGAGAACCCUGCAGAAAAAGUAUCCUGAAGCAGUAUAUGUUGUUUAUACUGGUGAUGUUAAUGUCAGUGGUCAACAGAUACUAGAAGGUGCUUUCAGAAGAUUUAACAUCAGGUUAACUCGCCCAGUGCAGUUUGUUUUCUUAAAGAAACGCUACCUUGUGGAAGAUUCACACUAUCCUCACUUUACGUUGCUUGGCCAAAGUCUAGGAUCCAUUUUUCUUGGCUGGGAAGCUCUGAUGCAGUGCGUUCCUGAUGUUUACAUUGAUUCAAUGGGCUAUGCCUUCACACUCCCUCUGUUUAAGUAUAUAGGAGGUUGCCAAGUUGGAAGCUAUGUUCAUUAUCCUACUAUCAGCACUGACAUGCUCUCUGUAGUGAAGAAUCAAAAUGUUGGAUUUAAUAAUGCAGCCUUCAUUACCAAGAACCCCUUUCUCAGCAAAGUAAAGCUCAUCUACUACUAUUUAUUUGCCUUUUUUUAUGGACUUGUUGGUUCUUGCAGUGAUGUAGUCAUGGUCAAUUCUUCUUGGACACUAAACCAUAUUCUUUCACUGUGGAAGAGUGGGAAUUGCACCAACAUUGUUUAUCCACCUUGUGAUGUGCAGACAUUUCUGGAUAUUCCCUUACAUGAGAAAAAAAUGACCCCAGGACAUAUAUUGGUUUCCAUUGGCCAGUUCAGGCCUGAAAAAAAUCAUCCUUUGCAGAUCAGAGCCUUUGCUAAAUUGCUGGAUAAGAAAGUAGCUGAGUCACCUUCUUCACUUAAACUUGUCCUCAUUGGAGGUUGUCGUAACAAAGAUGAUGAACUUAGGGUAAACCAACUGAGAAGACUGUCUGAGGAUUUAGGAGUUCAAGAAAAUGUGGAAUUUAAGAUAAACAUUCCAUUUGAUGAGUUAAAGAAUUAUUUGUCUGAAGCAACAAUUGGCCUGCAUACCAUGUGGAAUGAGCAUUUUGGGAUUGGAGUUGUGGAGUGUAUGGCAGCUGGCACAAUUAUACUCGCACACAAUUCAGGGGGCCCGAAGCUCGACAUUGUCGUCCCUCACGAAGGAGAUGUAACUGGAUUUCUGGCUGAGAGUGAAGAAGGCUAUGCUGAAACCAUGGCUCAUAUUCUUUCCCUGUCUGCUGAAAGGAGACUCCAAAUCAGAAAAAAUGCUCGUGAAUCCAUAAAGAGAUUCUCCGAUCAGGAGUUUGAAGUGACAUUCCUAUCAUCUGUGGAGAAGCUAUUUAAAUAAUGCCAUGUCUGUAUAAAUUAAGGAUAUUUUAUAUAAAAUGAUGGACUAAGGGUGUAGCUCAGUGACAGAGCAUAUGCUAAGUAGGUACAGGAGCCUGGGUUCAGUCCCUAGCACCAAGAAAUAAAAUGGUUACACGCCUUCAUACGUGUUCUCAGCAGUGUGUAUAUAGACAAGGUAUUUAUUUCAGUGAAAAAAGGCAAAAUUACCUAAGUGGAAAGGUAAUCUUAUAUAGUUUAUUGUAAAAAUUUGAGAUUAGUAUUUGGUUGCAAAUACUAAAAAAUACAGAUCUGAAAGAAAAAAGUUAAAUAAUAUUAAUUCUGAUAUAAUCUAUAUCUUUUAAAUCCAAGUUUUCAAGUUAGCAAACAGGAAAGAAAAAACAAUUAAUGCUGGGAAUGAAACCCAGGGCAAGUGUUCUGCCCAAUAUUCUACUAAGGUAUAUCCCCCAUCCCAGAAAUUCUGGAAUAUUUAAAUUCUAAACAAAUCAUGAAUGACCUUUUAAAUGUAUCUAGUGGUUUUCAUAAAAGGAAAAAGAGCUGGGCAUGGUGGUAUAUGCCUGUAAUCCAAGUGACUUGGAAGUAAAGGUAGGAGAUCACAAGUUUGGGGCCAGCUUCAACAUAGCAAGGCCCCAAGCAACUUAG